AUGACGAUCAUUAAUCUUAUUUCAUCUAGUCAUCAUUCCAAUCCUGGACAUCUUCAACCAUUUGGUACAGUUGGAUCAUUAAUAAAUAUUGAAGAAAUAAAUGGAGAACAUCUAAAUAUAUUAAAAUUUUUUACAAAUUAUAUAUCAAAAUUAGAACCAAUUGUUUUUCGUCAAGUAUUAAUUAAUAAUAUACAUUAUAAUAUAUGGCAAACUGAUGAACAACUUGAAAAUGAAAUUGAUGGUUUAUCAAAAAUAAAUAUUUAUGUUGAAUCAUUAAAACAACGACAACGAAUUCAAAUGGAAUUUGGAGAUUUUCUUGAUAAAUAUGAAAAAGAAAGUUUAUUAUUUGCUGAUAAUUUACCUGAAAUUCUUCGUAAAUAUCUUGUCGUUCCACAACCUUUACAAUGUGAUGAAGUUUUACCUACAUUACAAUCGGCAAUUCUCGUUAUAAAUGGUAAAAAUACAUCACCAUUAAUGUUCAAUCAAGAAUAUGAUUCUAUACUUUGUCUUCUUCGUGGUAAUAAACGUAUGGUACUUGUUAAUACAAAUAAAUAUCCUGAUGUUCGUCAAAUUAUUAUUCCAGGCAAUCGACAAUCUCGUAGACCACCGAUUAAUCCAGAAAAAGUUGAUUUUAAUCAAUAUCCUGAAUUAGAAAAUAUUGAUUAUUAUGUUACUAAUUUAACUGCUGGUGAUUGUUUAUUUAUACCAAAUGAAUGGAUAUUUCAAGAACGUUCAUUAGAUAAAACAAUAUCGAUUAUAUAUAAUAUUGAUCAUAAACAAAUAUUAAAUAUUAAUAUAGAUGAAAUAAAAAUUUGUUCAACAAAAAAUACAUUUGAUUCUUCAUUUACACUUGAUCAAAUUGAUUGGUCAAAAAUAGAAAAUGAACCACAAAAUUUAAAAGAAAUUAUCAUACGUUUAGUUAAUUCACAAUCAAAUAAUUUUGAAAAAUGGCAAGAAACAUUUUCGAAAUAUUUUUCAUUCGAUUUAUCUUCAGAUUCUGAAACAGCAGCUAUUUUUGAUGAAUUCUAUGGUAUUAUUGAUAUAGAUGGUAAUGGUGAAAUAACAAUGAAUGAAGUUGAACAAAUUAAUGGAGCGCAUCAACAUCACAUUUCUGACGUUCUCUAUGAAAUGAUAAAAUUAGCUCAUGAUAAACAAAAAGAUGAUUUAGAAACAAAAAUUAAUAUAGAAGAUGAAAAUACACAAGAAAUAUUAGAAAAUGAAGAAUUAGAAGAUACAGAAAAUGAAAAUAUGGACGAACAUUUACAUUUACAAAAUUUUAAAACUGAUUUAUAA